AUGUUCUCCGUCAUAAUUCCCGGCCGGCCCUGCCUAACAGACAUCGUCGCCGUUGACCCUCAGCCAAAUGGGCAAGCCACAAAAUUUGCUUUUAACUUCCCGCUAUCACCAUCCUUUUCCGAAUUAGUCGUCUUCUUCCUUCCGGGCACCGUCCUCCCGCAAGACACAGCUGCUGCUAUCUACAUUCAAUAUCCUGGCUCGGAAUUCCGUUUCAUUGGCGCCCUUGCAAAUGAGAAGCCGUCGUCUGUUAUUAAAGUCAGCCCGUCGGUCCGCACAGGUGCGCAGGGGGGAGACCAGAUGGUAGACGCCGGGAAUGGUGGCAUGGUGACGCUAGGGAUAUCAAUUGAGCCGGUGCAGGUAGUUGCGCCGCAGCUUGCGCAGCUUGAGGCUGCGAAUGGAGGCAAUGGAGGGGCAUCAACAGAUUUGAUCAAGCAGACGCCGCAGCAGAAAGGGAUUACUACGAAGGUGCUGGCACAGAGAAUCGUGGGGAACGCGUUCAAUUUCCUGGCGAGCUUCGCGUCGAGUGAUCCGUCGAAUCGGGGGCAGGAAGUCGUGCCGCUUAAGGCUUUUCAUGACUGGUGGACGAAAUUUGAGAGGAGGAUCAAUGUCGAUCCGACGUUUUUGGAGAGGGAGGACCCCAGCGCGAGUGGUUAA